AUGAUGCCCCUCUCCAAGGAUUCAUUCUCCAAAAUACCCACUUGCUAUGCAACAGUAUCCGUUGGCACACCUGACCACCCAUUGGACAAGAAGCUAGAAGCAAUCGCCGCGGCCGGCUUCCAGGGCAUCGAACUUGGCUUUCCUGAUCUACUCUCUUUCGCCUCAAAGAAUUUAGGCAAGGAAGUAGGGCCACAAGACUUUGAGGUGUUAUGCACCGCAGGGCUGGAGGUGAAGAGGAUGUGCGAGGAGUUGGGACUCAAAAUUGUGAUGCUCCAGCCGUUCUCGAACUUUGAGGGUUGGAAGCCGCAGUCAGAAGAGCGGAAGGACGCUUUCCGACGUGCAAAAGGUUGGAUUAAAAUAAUGGAGGCUGUGGGCACGGAUAUGCUGCAGGUUGGCUCUACCGAUUCUCCCAUCCCCACCUCUCGAGACGUCGUCACCUCAGAUCUCAAACAACUCGCCGAUCUACUCGCCCCCCACAAUUUCCGCCUUGCAUACGAGAAUUGGUGCUGGUCUACACACGCUCCGGAUUGGAAGGAUGUCUGGGAAAUAGCCAAGAAGGUCGACCGUCCAAACUUCGGCCUAUGUCUCGAUACGUUCCAGAGUGCUGGAGGUGAAUGGGCCGACCCUACCACGAAAUCUGGGCUGUUAGAAGGAGAUGUGAAGAUGGAAGAUCUGCAGGAAAGGUUUCAAGAGAGUCUAAGGAACCUGAGUGCCACUAUUCCAGCAGAAAAGAUCUACAUACUACAAGUCUCGGAUGCAUACAAGCCAAAAGAACCUUUGUACCCGAGUUCCGAUGAGAACGGCAUGAGACCGAGAGCGAGGUGGAGCUCGUGUCUGAGGCCUGUGCCAUUCGAUGGGGGAUAUCUUCCUGUUGUUGAUUUUGCAAAGGCCGUAUUAAAGACUGGUUUCCGUGGUUGGCUCUCGACAGAGGUCUUUGAUGGUGGACCGUCGGGACAGGAUCAGGAGUGGAAUGAUAUGGCUGGCUAUACCAAGAAAGCGAUGCAGGCUCACGAACGACUUCUGCGAGAAGUAAUUGAGUGA